AUGAACGUCCCUUCAUCGUCAACAAAGCGACUUUGGGAACAAGCAACAAGCCUCGAAGACUCGUCCGAACCGACCUCAUCCUCCCCGAACCAGGUUCCAACAACAAAAGCGAUACGCCUCACGAAAACUACCUCUAGCACAGCGCCGUUGUUCUGUUCUCUUCCACCAACUUGCCACCCACCACACAAUACCCCAACUGCCCUUGCGGACUCGAAUGAACUUGAAGUGCAUUAUGCGAAGUACCACGCCCAUGUGUGCGAGGAGCGAGGCUGCGCAGCCGUGUUCCCUAAUAUAAGGCUAUUAGAACUACAUCAGACCGAAUGUCACAAUCCAUUAGCACUCAUAAAGAAAGAACGUGGCGAGAAAAUAUUCGCAUGUCAUCUUGAAACGUGUCCACGGAAAUUCUUAGACCCGAAGAAGCGAAGACUACACCUCAUUCAAGCUCAUGGCUUUCCGAAAGAGUACUUUUUUGCUGUGACGAAUAAAGGUGUUGGUGGACUGUUAAAGAAAUGGGGUGAGGGUGCAAGCAUGAUCCGCGGUUCUUGGAAAGCAAGAGAUGGUCAACUUGCUGAGAAUGUAGAUGACGCAAUGAACACAGAAGACAUCGGGUAUUCGGAUAACGACAAUGACGAUACGGACGAAGAAAUAUUGUCAACAGGAACUGUCAAAGACAUUUCUACUAUUGAGAUGCAAUCAAGUGAAAUGCAACAUACAGCACAAAGAAGCCAAAUACCGGACAAUGCGGAUCUCCACAGACAAGUGACUGCGCCGGGCGCCGUGCAAGCUCCUGAUGACGAAUUGAAUGGGCUAACGAAUUCAAUGAGCUCCCUUUCACUCGUUCCUUCCAGUAUACGGUUUGGCCGUGGGGCAAAGGGAGGACAAUUUUCACGACAGUCAAAGUCAUUUUCCAAUAGGGCAAGACCUGGACAAAAAUUUGUCCGUGCUCCUUUAGUUGACACGAAGUCUAUACUUGACGGAUCGCCGGCCAGCCCAGAAUCUGACGCAAAUCCGGCCAGUCCAGACGUCAGCAUUAAUAUUGAUGGUGCACUCGAGGCUCUUAGAUUUGAGGCACCUUCUAAUACCACCACAAUGUCCCUUAAUCAUAACGGCUCCGUCGAGGAAGAGGGAGAGGUGCAAGGCAAGGCAGGAGCCGAGGCAGAGGAUAUGGUGCAUACCGAAGUAGGGGCUGAGCUUCGGUGCAAGGGAUUAAACGACUUUCCGAAGUAA